UGCGUUAAUUAAGGACAAUUCAGCUGCCACGGUGAUGUUUUCAUUAUCUGCUUGGAUGGAACAAUACACGCACUGAUACUCCACGUCCUGUAUGACCUCUAGUUCUGCGCUGUUGGAAUAGUCCCUUAGAUGAGGCACCAGUUCAUCGCUGACUCUGCACUCUGUUGUACCUCGCGGCGCGGCGGCCACCUCCGCCUGCUGCCGCAGCCCGCUCGCUGGAUUUCGCCGCCUCAGGACCGCAGGCGGCUCUUCAGCUCCACCUCGGCCGGCUCCAGCUCCGCCUGCUCCAGCGCCCUCUCCGCCGCCUCGGACGACCCCGACUUCUCUCCGCCCGGGAAGCGCCGCCGGCAGCCGCUGUGCGAGCGCCCCGCCCGGGCUCGGUGUCUGCGGAGCCGGCGCGGCGCCGCCAGCGAGGAGAAGGAUGAGAAGGAGAACCGGCCGCCCGCCCCGGCCGUCCUGAGCUCCCCGUCGCCCUCCCCGCUGCCGCCCGCCGCCGCCCGCCGCCGCCGCCGCCAGGGGCCGUCCCACGGGGCUCGGCGCCCCCUGCUCUGCAGCACCCCGCACUUGGCGCCCCGCCGCAGCCGCCGCCCGCCGCCGGCCGAGCUCAGCAGCAGGCUGGAGGGAGGCUCGGGGCUGCAGGGCAGCCUGGAGCUCUUCUCGUCGCCCCGAAAGGGGCGGGACGCCUCGCUGGGCAGCGGGCCCAGCACGCCCCAGUCGUUGAGGGGAGAUGCGGAGGAGGGGGAGGCGUCGCCGAGCGGGAGCAAGAAGGGGAGGGGGCUGGCUUGGUCCAAAGCCUUGGGUGGGUGCGGUGAGAGGGGCUUGUCACAAAGGGCCAGCAGGGUUCUGAGGGCGUCCGUGCGGGGACCCCUGUUCCUGCAGCAAAGCACAAGCACUCCUCCCGCUAACAGCGAGCCCCUGCACUCCACCCCGUAUGCUGGUGCCAGGGCUGAAGAACCACGCGAUGAUGUAGAGAGAGAUUCAACGGAAGGAAGCCUGAGCGGUCAGAGAGGCAAAACCAAGCACCAGCCUAUGCCAGUGGUGGUCUUGAACCGUCAGGAGGUGUCGCUGUGGCUGACAAGCAUGCAAGCUGACAAAAAGGCAGACGCUCAACCUUCCUGCCAGAAGCCAGUGUCGCCUUUGGGCCCUCAAGGAAUGGUAGAGUAUAAAAAUAAAAACACCAAGGUCAGUUCUGCAGAGGGAAGUGCCUGUAGAAGAGCUUGCAUCAGUGGCUUCAGUGCCAGGCGGUGGGAUAGGCAAAUGAGGCUCUGUCCCCAAAGACUCAAAAAUAGGAGACAGCAGCACACUAAUAACUCUUUUUUCAGACCACAACUGAGACCAAAAGGAAGGAAGAAGGGUGGUCAGGAGAUGCCUGUAGAUACAAGAGACAACGAUUCUUCAUUCCUCAAUAACUCCCAUACCUGGGGUAGACUUCGAGCGUCUCUGUCCUUCCAUAAGAAAAAGAAAGUUACUGCAGACGAGUGUUCCUACAAUAGCAUCCUUUGUACCCCUUUUGUGAAUUCCGAGGUUACAGGGCACCAAGAAACCCCAACUUCUAGUAUGACUCAGUACUGUGCUUUGUCUGCUUCUUCCAUGGUACUGCUGGCUCCCAGGAAUUCCUGUUCAGUCCUGGAGGUAAUGCUUACGGAUGCAGAGAAGGUGUUUGGGGAAUGCCACCAGGAGAGACCUAUCACUUUUGAGGAAUGCAUUCCCUUAGAUAAGAUGAAAGAUUGCAAGAAAAUUGGAGAAGGGGUGUUUGGAGAGGUUUUCCAGAUUGACAGUAAGAGAGGACCUGUGGCCUUAAAAAUAAUUCCCAUUGAGGGGACUGAAAGAGUGAAUGGUGAAUCUCAAAAAAGCUUUGGGGAGAUUCUACCAGAGAUAAUAAUUUCAAAGGAACUCAGUCUUCUAUCUGAAGAGUCUGUGAACAGGACUGUAGGGUUCGUUAGGUUGUACUCCGUGCACUGUGUUCAAGGGGCCUAUCCUAAGUAUCUCUUAGAAGCUUGGGACAAAUACGACAAAGUAACAGGAUCAGAAAAUGAUCGGCCAGACCUUUUUGGGAAAGAGCAACUCUUCAUGGUUCUGGAGUUUGAAUUUGGAGGCAGUGACUUGGAGAACAUGAGAAACAGCUUGAGUUCGGUAGCUUCAGCAAAAAGCAUUUUGCACCAGGUGACUGCUUCCCUGGCUGUGGCAGAACAGGAACUGCACUUUGAGCACAGAGACUUACACUGGGGGAAUGUGCUGGUAAAGAAAACAGAUGUCAAAGAGCUUAAUUAUGUGUUGAAUGGGAUGAUGUGCACAAUCCCCACAAGAGGUAUCCAUGUCAACAUCAUAGAUUAUACCUUGUCUCGGCUGGAGAAAGAUGGGUUAACUGUUUUUUGUGACCUUUCCACUGAUGAAGAGCUGUUCCAAGGCACAGGAGACUACCAGUUUGAUAUCUACAGGCAAAUGAAAGCAGAGAACUCCAACAGCUGGACUGACUAUCAUCCACACAGCAAUGUCCUCUGGUUGCACUAUUUGUCAGAUAAACUUUUGAAAGAUAUGGCUUACAAGAAAAAAGAAUCAACUUCUGCCAUGAGAAAAAUAAAGCAGCAGCUCGUUAAGUUCCAUAAAGAAGUACUGACCUUUGGGUCUGCCAGUGAAGUUUUGCAUAGCAGCAGCCUCUUCCAGUGAGUAAAGGAGCACAGUGCUUCCAAGAACUAAGUCACCGAUGCCCCUUUCCCCUUUGUCAUUUUUCUGUAUGGUCUUUUUAAAUGUUGGCACGAUGAAGAAAUGUUAUGAUCAGUUACCAGUAUGUAAAGUAAGCUAUGAAAAAUGUGUAAAAAUGCACAAAAAAAGCCACGUGCUUUAAGAUGUUUCCGUAUGUACUUUUUUGAGGGGUAAGGGUGGAAGGGAACAGACUUGACAGUGGAGGUGGAGGGAAAAGAUUUCUUCAGACUUAGUUCAUGUCCUGAAUUCCACUUAGAUUAUUAGAAGUUCUUCCCUUACUAUAUUUAUUUCUUACAAAUUAAAACAAACAAA